UCUACUUGAAAAUGACUGGUCGCGGUAAAGGAGGAAAAGGACUUGGAAAAGGAGGCGCUAAGCGUCAUCGCAAGGUUCUUCGUGAUAACAUCCAGGGUAUCACUAAACCCGCCAUUCGUCGUCUGGCACGCCGUGGAGGAGUGAAACGUAUCUCCGGUUUGAUCUACGAGGAAACCCGAGGUGUGCUGAAGGUUUUCCUGGAAAACGUGAUCCGUGACGCUGUCACUUAUACCGAACACGCAAAACGAAAGACCGUCACCGCCAUGGAUGUCGUCUAUGCGCUGAAACGGCAGGGACGCACUCUGUACGGUUUCGGAGGUUAAAUUGAAGAAGAAAACAUAUUCCCACAAAAGGCCCUUCUAAGGGCCACUAAAUCAAUAAAUGAAAGUUAGU